AUGAGCGGGCAUAUCGCAAACCAUUCCUCGUACCUUUCCGACGAGUUCCUCAUUUCCUGCGGGACCGUGACGCUUGACAUCAAGGCGAACAAGGUUCUCCUCGUCAGAGUGCGAAAGGUAACAGAUGCCGGGCCAAUCUAUGAAACAAUCCUCCCCCGAAGCCCCAAACUCAGGAGAGAGCCCUGCAAGGCCGCAGCUCUGCGAGCAACAUUUGAGCAGACUGGAAUACAGGUACAGCCACUGCCUGCUGGUCACUUCACUCUCGCGGUCGACCCAGUGUCUCGACGACAAUCACAAGAAGGUCUUCUCACUGAGCCCAUCGGUAUAAUUCAAACCAUAUACGAAGAUGGCAUCGAAAUAAUCUUCUUUUAUGUUGCCUGGGCAGACUCGACCAUUCCUCAUGUCCAAAUGGUAUGGCCGGAGGGUGUGGAUUUCCAGCCCAGCUGGCAGGAUCUCGACGACGCCAACAGUUUUCUCUCUCGUCUUUACGAACGGCGCAUGUUGGAGGAGGCCAUGCGCGCAGUCGUGAGGGCACUGAGCCUUGUUACAAAUGCUUUAACGCCUGCGUAA